AUGAUUUACGUUAUCGUAUGUCGCGACACGGGCUGCUUGUCGCGUCUCUGCUUGUCGCGUCUCUGCUUGUCGUGAAAACAACGCUUACUUGGUUUUUUUUUUUCGUGACAUUGAAAAAGUUUAUCGUGAGAGCUACCAAUUUUGGACGUGAGAAUACCCUCGAUGCUCUUCUCGUUUUUACAUACGGGAGACACUGAAUAAAGACACUCCUCAAACCACUUUUCCAAGACCAAAGAGCCUCAGCAAGGUUUUUUUUUUUUUUUUUAGUUGAAAGAGAGGCCCGUUGUUGCAGCCAUGUCUAGCUUAGCAUCCCAGCUCAAGUCGAUCAACGAAAAGAACUCUUCUGUUGCUUUCAAUAGACAACAACGGUCGAAACUCCAUUCAAGAUCGUUAAUCUUUGAUCCCAAAGUCGCCUCGGGCCAAGAUUAUGAGUACAUUUACGAGAUCGCCGUGGCGGCACUAGACGAGUUGUGUGAGUUGGAUUCCAGGUUUGGCAAAUUCAAACCAUCGUUGUUUUCUCGUGAUUCCGUCAACUUUGACAGAAACGUCCAAACAGAGGAGCUCAUCAACCAGCUCAAUAAAAACAUUGAUGCAUUUUUCAUUUUGCUUGCACCGUAUUACGGCUUCACUGCGGCGUUAAGAGCAGCAGAGUGGCUCGUGAGACGAUUCCAAGCCAAUGUCCACAACUCAGAGUACAUGAUCACAACCUCUUUGCCCUAUUUUCUGAGCCCUGUUUUCAUCAAAAUUUUGAAUGUGAUCCCAAAGCAAAAUAUACCUCAGAUAUUCGAGUGGCUCACCACUUACAAGGACUCGUUGAAAUGUCCCACUUUGCCCACAGUAUUUAGGGCUUUUUACAAUGACCAAUUUUUGUUUAAUUUUUAUUCUUCAUUUGUCAAUGACCAAGUGCAAAACAAGACCGUUUACAAGCAGCUAUUGGUGUUUCAUUUAUCCAUUGCCGUGCAAUUGUUGGCUGCAAACUCGAAAAACCAGGCAUAUUUGAAUGAUGUAUUGAUUCCAACAAUCUUGCAGACGGUCAAUAUCGCAUUGACUGAUGCCUCUAGAAACAACAGCAACAACAACAACAACGACGACGAUAACGAAGACGAAGAAGAUCAAGAUGAGGUUAAAUUGACCGCUUUUUCGCUCUUGGCUGUGCUCUCAUCGGUUGCCCCUUUGACGUUCGAGGUGCUCGAUUCCUUGACUGUGUCGAUACUCAACAGUUUACAGCCAUCGCUUCUCAAACAAACAGUUACACUCUUGGUCCAAUUGUGGGGUAAUCACAAUAACAACAACAGGGGCACUUUUGAAACCGCACCACCAAGUCUUGCCAAAUUGCAGCCGACCCCAGAUGUUAUUCAACUUUUGCGAGACUUGCACGUGUCACACAUCAAGAAAAACAGGUUUUUAGCAGCAUAUUUCGGUAAUAUUUUUCCCCGUGCUGAAUCACUUGAAUUGUUGAAAUUGAUGGAUCUUGACCAAACUUUGCUUUUUAAUUUUAUAACGACAUCUGUUCUUGAGCAGGUAGUGAACGAGGGAGUCACCAAUUCGGAUGGUGAAGGCGAAGCCACGAUAGUAGCAGUGGCAGUGGUGAAGCGGUUGGUAAAGACCAAUGAGGCUGCGUUUGAUGCCAUCUUGUCAUCACUUGGUGUAAAACUUGCCGAUUUAGAGUUGAAAUUACAAAGUAGCAUCAAGGAAAACACCACAGUAGACUUUGAUAAUUACGUUGCUGACGACGACGACGACGACGAAGAGGCCGAUGUCGAGGUAUCAGUCGAGAAGGAGGCAGAUGUGGAAAAAAAAAUGUUUGAUUUAGAGGGCAUCACUGCUGCAGCUCCAACGUAUUUCAAUUCAAACUUCGAUAAAGAGUUUUACAAGUUGGCCCUGGAGCUAGUUAAACUUUGCUCAACUACAAAGGGCUCUCACAAAGCAGCUGUUUUGCAUUUCGCUCACGUUGUGUUUGAAAAACAAAAUUCAUCGGAACUUGGAUUCAGCUUCUUGGUUAGAAUUGCCUUCACCGGCUACAUCCCCGUCGUUGUUCGAUUAGCAUCUUUAAAAUCAAUCGCUACAAAGUUGAAGGAAUUGGACAAUGGGAAAACAGAUUUCUACUUGCUACUCCCGCUUUUAUUUGCAGGUUUGUUUGAUGACGCCAAGGCAGUCAGAUCUGAAAUAGUGCAAGUUAUCAAGUUGAUUUAUGAAAUCACCUCAAAGCUCCACAAGGGCAAGAAAUUGAAAACAUCUUUUUUUUUCAUGGAUUCUCAAAUCUAUGGCUCUGCCGAAAAAAAACUCAUUUCCCCGCAAGAUGCAUUGAAGCUUUUGACGUUUGUGCACGAAGAGGGUCGCUUGAAUGACGCUAUAUUUGAAAAACUUAAAAUCACUUGGUUGCUUGAUUUGGUGUUUAAAUUCAAGGCCGAAGGCAAGAGCUUGGGCCUGCUUUUUGAAACGUUUAUUCUCAGCCAGUGGGCGCUUCCGUUUUCAAUUGUAUUCAAGGACAAGAUUUGGCAAAUCAGUGCCCUUUUAAAUAAAAGCGAGAAUGGGAGGGCUUAUUUCUGGGAUACAGAUGUCAAGGAAUAUUUCAAAAAGAGGUCCAACUGGGUAUCACAGGCAUCUCAGGCCAAAUUGGACUUUGUCGCGGUGGAGUCAUCAUUAUUGGGCCUUGUUAGUGGCCCCAAGUCCACUCAAGAACUGUCAUUGAGAGACUCCAACUGGUUGUGUCAAGCAUUGGACGAGAAUAACUCGUUACAAGUUAAUGCCAAUGCUCGCAUCUUGCAAGUGUUUCAAUUUUUCAAAUCGGUUGACUCGAAAUUGCAAGUUGUCAACAAGUUGAUUGAGUUGCUCGUGAGUGACUCCACCACCAGCGUCGAAUUCGAAUUCGACCCAAUAGCAACGUUGCAACAGCUUCCCUUGGAUUCCCCUGUGUUUUUGCAAUCUCUAGAAAAUGUUCAAAUUGGAGAUCAAAUGCCCGAGCAAGGCGUCGUGAAGAGGAGAAGAAGAUCUUCAAACUCAACAAGGCAAGCCAUGGCUAAAAACGACGUCAACUCUUUGGCGUCGCACCGCUUGAAAAAAUUGGCAAUUUUAUUGGAGAUUUUGGAAGUCUAUUUGCGCCAGCAAGCUGCUGUUGCCGCUCAACCGAAAUUGUUGAAAGUUUUGUUCAAGAUCCUCAUUGACUUGGACUAUCUUGGAAACGACGGAAAUUUGCCCGUGUUGUACACUCAGGAACUUCUUGCGGCAUGUUUGCUUUUGACCAUUGCUGGGAUGAAGAAAAGUGGCAACAACUUUGACGACAUUGACUCCAACUCCAUCCGCGCCGACUUGAUUGUAAACUCAAUCAGAAGCUCGACGUCGCCUCAAGUGCAAAACAAAUUGUUAUUGGUCAUUUCGGAAUUGGCUUCGUUUGCUCCCGAGAUUAUUUUACAUUCAGUCAUGCCGAUUUUCACAUUCAUGGGUGCCCAUACCAUCAGACAGGAUGACGAGUUCUCGAGCGAGGCGUUGCAGAAAACAGUUGCAACCGUUAUUCCUGCAUUAGCCAAGAGCGCAUCGGGACCUAUAAGUUCAAAGAUUGAGUUUCUUUUGGCUAGUUUCACUGCCGCGUUCCAGCACAUCCCGAGCCACCGUAGAGUAAAGUUGUAUGUCGCAUUGACCCAAACUUUAAAGCCAUCUGAAUCCAUGUACAUCGUGAUCUACUUGUUAGGCCAGCAAUAUGUCGAAGCCAAGAUUAAGAGAAAGACUACCGAGGUGGCGGCGGAGAUUGAGGCCUUUAUGAACUCGUAUCUCAGGGCAUUCACAGCUGACGAACAGUUGCAAGGGUUGAGCAAGUUUUGUGAUGUUUUGAAAAAUCUACCAGUGCAAGCGUUGGAAGUCAACUCCUUGGAGUACGAGACCUUGAGAUCAAGGCCAAUUUUUGGCAAUGCGUUGGUGAACUCCUCAAGCCAAGAGUUGAUUAAAAUGAGGGUUCUUUUGCUUCAGUAUUUAAACACGAUUUUGUCGCUUGAUUCGUCAAAGGCUUUUGACGUCACCUCGCUAAAGAGCAAGAUUGCAAUUACACUAGCAGCAGAAACUGAUGACAAAAAGAAAACCGUCAACCAAGUCAAGGACAUUAUUAGCUUUGCCUUGUCGGAAUUGGACACUUUUACCGAAGACUCGAACCCAAUUUUUUUGGCAAUAAGCGAGGAGUUGUUCGCCCUCUUGGGGAAUGCGCUAAACUUGCUCCCCAUUGAAAAAUUCCUCGAGCUUGCCGUGGACUCUUUGGAUGUCAACAAUCUUCGCGACAACACGGGCGUCAAGGUGGCCAAGAACUAUGCCAUACUAACAGCGAGAAAGUUUGAGAAUGAGAUUGGCAUCACGAACGAGCUGCUGCUGCUGAGCAUCGAAGAUUUCAAGGUUGAGAGCUUGCUGAAUGUGUUGCUCAAGGGAAUCGAAAAGAACAUUGACCCGGAAAUGCAACAGGCAUAUCUCAAUGCGUUUUCGGUGGUGACUCUGAAACUCGCAACUUUAUCCGAAGCCACAAUUAGCACAAAAGCCAUAUCCAGUUUCUUGGUUCAGUCACUCAAUGUCAUCACUUCAGGCUUUGGGUUGCUCAGCGAUCAAUCGGAAAUUGUGAUUGCAUCAAUCAGCGCCAUAGUCAGCAUUGUGAAUGUUGCGGGUAUAAAGACAUUAGGAAUGUUCCCCAAGAUUGUUCCUCCAACGUUGAAAAUUUGGGAAUUAUCCACCACGUCGAAUGAAUCAUCAUCAACUGAAAGUGCCAAGCUCAUCCAGGAGUCUGUCUUGUUGCUACUUUCGUGUUACAUCAAAAAGAUGCCUGCAUUUAUGGUGACAAGCUUGGACUCUGUUUUCCUCACCACAUUGAGAAGCGAUCUUGUCGAUAACCAAAUCAAGGCAUCAGUCUUGAACAUGAUUGUCGACCGCGUCAACGUUGGCCAGGCAUUAAAGUCGUUGUACAGUAUUUGGAUGUACAAGGACUUUUACAAGACCAACAACCCGUCUGACCUUGGUUUGUAUUUGAACACUGUGCAAUCUACUACGGACAAGAUGGACAAAAGUGAAGCAAUUCUGCAGUCGUCUUUGUUCAUGAAGUGGUUGAUACAUGCAUUUGAGUUUAGAGCAUAUUGCCAGCAGCAAGGGGACAACAAGUUUGACAACAAUGCAAUCCACCGAAUUGAGAGUUCCUUCCAGGCCUGCGCCAUUGCCUACGUGAUGAAACUCAACGACAAGAGUUUCCGUCCGCUAUUUGCUAACUUAGUGCGCUGGGCUGCUGUGGGAGAAGGCGGAUCGCUCGUGGAGAUGACGCUGACUGCACGGUUAUUGUCGUUCCACCGCUUCUUUAACAAGAUGCAAGAGCUGUUGAAAAGUAUUGUGACGUCCUAUUACUCGUACUUGAUCGACUUGACCUCGGAGAACUUACGAAAAUUUGCAGAGCUGGAGCUCGAGGAGACAUCGUUGCGCAGGAUCAUGCUCAUUUCUCUAUCCAUGUCGUUUAAUUUCGAUCAAGACGAGUACUGGUCGCAACAGGGCCGCUUCGAUAGCAUUUGCAUGCCGUUGUUGAGCCAGUUGGCGAAUAUCGAGGACUCGAUCGGAAAGUUUUUGGUCAAAGCCAUCACCGCGCUUGUCGCGGAUGUGUCUUCAAACGAGUACAACGAAGCCAUUCUCAAGGGGUUGAUCAAGUUUAUCUCGUACGACAAUAAGAACCUGAGCAACACCAAAUUGUGGACCAUUCGUACCUUAAAGAGCAUUUUCCAAAAGAUGGGAGAUCAGUGGCUCCCGUAUGUGCCGACUUUGGUGCCGCACAUUGCUGAGUUGUUGGAAGACGAUGACGAAGCUGUAGAGUUGGAAGUAAGAGAAGGCUUGGUGAGAGUCAUUGAGAAGAUAUUGGGUGAACCCUUGGACAGAUACUUGAGCUAA